CAGCGAUUAAAAAUUUGUCGCUAAAAUUUAUAAAUUUGCCCACUAUAAAUGACGGGGUUUUAAAUCCACGCUAUCACUAAAAAAAUAUAGCACUUAUCCCAUAUAAAAAUAUUUUCCCUCUCUGUUUUUUUAAUUGGCCGCAAUUUUCCCUCUCGUUAAAUUGACGCUCUCAUUUUCCCUCAAAUCACCCUCUCUCUCAUUUUCCCCAAAUUGACCCUCUCUAACAUUUUCCACCAAAUUGACUCCGGUCGGCCGGCCAUUGCUACUUCGACCGGCCAUUGCAAGCACUUGAGAUGGACUCCGAGGUUGGUGCACUUCCCGGUAUGACAGAUUAAUGUAAGUCCUGUAUUGUGUUUAAUUGACUUUUGUGCUUGAAUUUAAUUAGGUCAAAUCAUACGUCUUUCAUGAAGGUAAGAGGUGAUUGGUGAUAAAGCCUUUGUAGCAUUUGUUACUCUAGUUGUUUAUUAGCUGAUCUUUAUCAUUAUUUGAGUUCCACUGUAUGAUGACUGUAAUUAGAAGAAGAAAAAAAUGCACAUUCUCUAUUUCCUUAUAUACGGCUGUGUUUGACUCGAUUCAUGGCCUUUUGAGAUGUUUGGAUCAACGUCGUCGUCUAGCCAGGGAGGAGGAUCAGGGUCUCGUGGACAGCGGGAUAGGGAGUCGAAUUAGGUACGCAUCGGAUCCUUUAAAAGUUGUGUGUUUGUGGAGGACCCGACACGGGUGCAACAAUAUUUUGAAGAGUCCGAGCAACAUACGUUCUGCAAAAUUUCUCCCUUCAAUUUCCGACGACUUCAAGCUCCAACGACAAAUGCCUAGGCGAGUUCCUUUUCGACCUCCAACCGUCAAUCAACGUGACAAGCAGUGUUCUCCGGCAACAACAACUUUGAGUUUUUCGUCGUCCCAAUUCUUCUUUCUCAGGAGGCUUUUGGAGCUGAAUAUGAUGAUAUUUUGAUGUUAAAGAAGCUUGGAAUUCAUGGGAAAGAUGCCACAAGAUAAGAGAUCAAGAGGGGAGACUCAACACUUAACCAAAUUUUGGAGAGCGAAUUCCAGUAGCUAUGAGCGAUAUUGAGGAGCUGUCCCACCUGGACCGGGGAUAUAGUCAGGGAGCCUCCCCACCUGUAGCGGUGAUGAACCUAGGGCACCGCCCCACCCAUUUCCAGGCUCAACAUUUGAAUCUUUUCUUGUCCAACACGGAAAGGGCUUCUUCCUAUACUAUAAAUACAUGUUGUAUCACAUUUUUACACAUCUUUUAGCAUAUUUUUGAGAGCGAAGGAUUGAUACAACUUCUUCAUUAGGUUUUUAUUAUUUUUAUUUAGUUCAUUCAUGUUUUUAGUCAUUAAUUACUAUUUUGUGAUUAUGAUUAUGAUUGUGUGGCUAAAUGCCCUUUUCUGGUGUUAAAGCCAAAGACAUGAUUACUUUUGUUUUGAAUUAAGUUCAUUAAUUUUUC